GGUAAAGCAGAACAACUUAUAAGAACGUAAUCUGAAAAACGCGACCGUUUUGUGUCGUAGUUAUUGGCAUUCGUUGGUGAUUCAGAAAACUCUCAAACCCAAAAGAACAAAAACGAGAAAAAAAACUCUCUCUCUCUCUCUCUCUCUCUCUCUCUCUCUCUCUCCUUCUCUUUUCCUUGCGCCCCCUCUCGUCUCUCUGCGUCUCUUCUCCGAGGCGGAGGAAGCCAAAAACCCUCGAGUCAAAAACAGCGGUUUCUCUGCCACUGAUCGAGAAUUUGACUGGGGAUAAAAAGCUUCAAACUUGCAGAAGAAACGUCGUAGAAGUAAUCUCAGGACUCACUGGAUCUCUGGUUUUCCGGAUUUUUCUAUAAAACGUGGCAGAUCUUUCUCUCGUUUUCAGGGAGAGUCAUGCCUCUGAAGAGAUUAACUUCAUGGCGAUGAACCUCUGCUCGAAUCUGUAAGAUAAAUUUGAGAUUUUUCUUUUGGUUUUGUGCUUCAGACGGUGGAUUUAGGAGGUUUAUCUGGGUGUGUCUCGUGUGAUGGGGAGUAUCGAUGAGCAAAACAGUAAGGCGAUUGAUGCCUCGAUAGGAGGGUUGGUUUGGGUCCGACGCCGUAACGGGUCAUGGUGGCCGGGUCGGAUUAUGUCUCAUCACGAGGUUCCUGACGGUUGUAUCGUCUCUCCCAAAUCUGGCACACCGAUCAAGCUUCUAGGUCGUGACGAUGCUAGCGUGGAUUGGUACAAUCUUGAGAAGUCCAAGAGGGUGAAGGCGUUUCGUUGUGGGGAGUACGAUUCUUGGAUUGAGUUAGCGAAGGCUAAUGCAUCGGCUUCUAGUAAGAAGGCUGUCAAGUAUGCUCGCCGAGAAGAUGCCAUUAUCCAUGCUCUAGAGAUUGAGAAGGCACACCUUGCCAAAGCUAAGGAAGAGCUUCUUACUGGAAAAGAUGAUUCGUCUUCUGAGAAGGACGAAGAUGCAUUGCAGUCUAGUGUAUCUUUAAAGAAAACCAAUAACGGCAAAGCUUCAAAGGUGCAGCCUUUGGCAGAGAAGAGAAGGAGGACACCAAAUGACACAGAAGAUGAUGGAGAGGAUGGGAGCAAACGAAUGAGAGGGCUUGAGGAUAUUGGAAUGGGUAUAGGAUCAAAGGGAAAAGCACAGGGCGGUGCAGUGCUCAAGGCUAAGCAGGAAAAUGGAGUUAAAAGUGAUGUAAGCAACAAUGGUUCCAUGCCGAAUGGGACUCUUUCCAAUGGUAGUAGCAGAGAUAGUUCUCCGCCAAUGAGAAGAAGAACAAGGUCGCAAGUCGCAAAUGCUAAUCAGUACGCUAAAAGGAAAACCCGACAACGGCCGCUGACAAAAGUGUUGGAGAGUACUGCUGUGGUGUCUGUUCCUGUUGCCUCUGACGAACUUGACAAUUCUGAUUCUUCGCCUCCUCCAGAGUUCUCUGAAACCAACGGUGCUGCUGUAAUCGACGAUGAUAACUCCGACGGCGAUGGGGUUUCGUGUGAGAAUGCUACUGUUUCAUUAAGUGCUUCUGAAAAUGUUGUUGAAAUGAACCAUAACAAGGCGAAAGAGAAUGAAAUCUCAGUUUCUGCAAACGGUGGCUCUGCCAGUGGAUUGUUUGAUGUUCCACUGAUUGGAGAAGAAAAAUACUCUGCCGGUACUUCGACGGCGGCUAUCACAUCUUCACCAACAAAGGGUCUUGUCUCUGUACCAACAGGGCCAUAUGGUCAGAAUAGCCAUGAUGAUGUGGUGAAAAUCGAAGGAUGUAAUGGAUCUGCUUGUACAAGUCCAGCAGCUAUACUUAUCUAUGGGAUCGAGAAUAUCCCUUCAAGUUGGCAGCUAAAAGGGAAAAGGAACCCAAGGCAGAGGAGUAAAAGACAGGAAGAAGGAAGUACUCAUUGUUCUGUCUCUGCUCAAAAGCCACACGGUCGUUUCAGCACUCUGGCUAUGGGAAGAAAGUCUCAACUGCGUGACGUGGAGAUCGAGGUAAAAGCCAGCUAUGAACCUCGAACUGUCCCGCUGAUUUCCCUCAGGAGUAAACUGUAUGGUGAAGCUAUUGUGGGGCAUCCUUUAACGGUUGAAGUGCUUGAAGAUGGAUCAUGUGACAGCGUUGUGCACAGUCACAUCAAGUCACUUGGUGUUCCAAUGGUGGAUGAUGAUGAUGCGAAGCCGAAACCAUCGCGGAAAAGGAAAUCCAAGAAAAAGAAACCACUCAUUCCUCCGUAUAAAUCAUCAAAGUCCAAGAAGUCAUCGUCUCUUUCGAAGAAGACAAGGUGCCUCUCUGCUCUAAGUGGCCAGAGCCAGAAGCUGACAGCAAGUAGCAAGAAGAAAGUGACGGUAGAGAAGACGAACGAGCGGGUUGUAUCUUGCAUCCCUCUGAAAGUAGUCUUCAGUAGGAUAAGCGAAGCAGUGAAGGGGUCAGCUAGACAGGUGCACAGAGGAUUACCACCUGCAGGAAGUACAUGAUGAGAUGAGUUUGGUCACUGGUUUGUUUUCGUCUUGGCAUUGGUGUGUUCUUUGCUUCGGUUUAGAGCAUACACCGAGAUGAAAAUAUCCCAGUUCUAGGGAGUGGUGGUGGAUGGGCUUGCUGUACAAUACAGAGAUAUCUUCGGAGUGGAGGUGUAUAUGUAAAAGUUAGCGUAUAGCAUAGUGGUGGGGGGUGUAAUUUUAAAAGAAAAAAGAAAAAAAAAAAUAACUCAGAUUAGGUGGAAGAAGACAUUGUUGCUCAUUUACUCAGUUUUCUUUUUGAGAAUUGCUUUAGUUUUUACAGAAAAACCUCAAUUUGUUUGUUGUUGUAACUCAUAAAGUUCUUGUCAUACUCAAAUGGAGAAGAAACUUUCUUUUAGCUCUUGGCUUCUUUACUUUCUUCACACUUUAGAAAUUCUCACAGUAUGUCUGUUUUGAUGAAAUGAUUUGUAAUCCAGU